CUUAUCCGGUAAGUCUGGAAACACUGAUAUCUACUUCUAACAGGUUCUAAGCUAAACUGAUGUUUUACAUAACCUUUUUGUGUUGAGCAUAUACAAAGGAAAAAAAAUGAAAAAAUAAUAUAAAUAACUGAAAUUAAUAAAUUAUAAUGAGGCAGAGCUGAUUUGACGUGGCUGUUGACAAUUUUAUGAUUUAUAUAUGAGCACCAUAAAAAGUAAAAUUAUAAAGUGUUCAAGCAAGAUAAGUAAAUAAGUGAAUAAAAAAAAAAAAGAUUAUUGUUGACAUAACAAAAUGUAUACAAAUAUAUGUUAUAUUUGUCUUUGACACACAUAUCUUUCUGCAAUUCUUAGUCAAAGUUGAUAAAGUUUGUUCAUGUUCAAACUUGUCAAAGAUGUUGCGAAACGUAACCAGAUUAUAUUCAACGAAGAAAACUACCAAAUCAAGAAAUCAUUAUGACGUAUUAAAGAUCACGCCCCGCGCUACUCAGAAUGAAAUAAAGAAAGCAUAUUACAAAUUAACUCUUCAAUAUCAUCCCGAUAAAAAUAAGAGUGAUUUUGCAAAAGAAAAGUUUCAAGACAUCUCCGAAGCUUAUGAAGUUCUUGGUAAUCACGAAUUGCGUAAGAAUUACGACAGAGGUAUGAUGAUCCGUCAACAGCCAAUAUCGACUACUAGAGAAUCCACAGUUAAUUACAAAGAGCAAGUUUACUCGGGAAGUUCCAAAAUCUAUAAUUUUGAUGAAUGGACAAGGGCGCACUAUGGAAUGGAAUUUCAGAAAUCACAAAAGAGAAAGGUUGCAUAUGAAAAUUUAAAAAAAAUGGAAAAAUUGGAGAAGGAGGAAAGUAAUUUUCCAAAUGCUACACUGAUUGCUACAGUUAUCUUAAGUCUUAUGGUACUUGCUAUGUAUUUUAGAGAAACAUUUGAUAAACCAUCUAAAAAUAGUAGACAUAUAGAACAAAGUCGAGAAAAUGAUAAACAUUAAUCAAUGUGUGAAGUUAUUUACAAUAAUAUAAUUUUUGUGUACAUAUGUAUAUAUGUAUACUUAGUACUGUAUAUACAGAUUUAUUUAUUUUAGGCUAUAUCGAUCCUACAUCUCUAUCGGUAUAAAAUAAGAAACUAGCAUAAUAAAAAUAUUGUACUUGUGUUACAUUCUUGUUAAAAAUGAGGAAAAUCUACAAUAUUACAUAAUACAUCAGUAAAGUUGUUAUCGAUCGCUUUACAACAUAUUCACAUGACUUUGUCUUCAUUGUUUAGCAAAGUUCCUUACAGUAGUAAAAGUGAUAUUGAAAAACAAUUCUUUUGGGAAGAAUCUUACUGGUGAUACUAAAUGAGAAGAGAAUAUAUUUUAGUAAGAACAACUUAUAAAUAUUUUCUAUACAACAGAGAUUGCAACUGUUAACAUAUAUUAAUUUAGUUUAUCUAAGCACAGAUAUCUCACAUACAAUUAA